UUAUUGGUCAUGCUUCUCUCUCUCUUUCUUUCUCUCAAUACUGUUGCUUCUAUUCUUCCUACCUUUAAAUACAACCAAUAACUCCUUACCCGCCAAGUUAAAACAUCUAAGAUACUUGUCUUGUCCAAGCUUUCUCUUCUCAUCUUUUCUCUUCUUUUUUUAACUCCUUAUUUAAUAUCUUUAUAUACAUUUCAAUCCUCUCAACACCAGCAUGGUUUUGAGUUCCUUGUUCUAUGCUUUGAAUGUCCAGCCAUUAUGCUUCGUCAAGAGCUUGUAGGAAUUAACAAGCCAGUUGGAGAAAUGAGGAGUGGCAGCUGGGGUUUGAGAGUUUGUUUAGGGGCUGUUGUAUUGUUUGGGAUCAUUUGGCUUUUGUUUAUUGGAAUCUUAGCAAACCAUGCAACCACAACCACCACCACAACAGUGACAGUACCGUCAACUGAAAAUUUCAGGGACUGGAAGUUGAUUCAACCAGAGAAGCUUCACACUCAUCAGGACUUCGAUCUCCACUAUGUCAACAAGAGAAGAGUACCAAAUGGACCUGAUCCCAUUCACAAUAGGAGAGUAGUAAAGUCAAGACAACCACCAGGCAGAAUCUGACUGUGGAUUCCAUUAAAGAAGCUUCAAACUUCUGCAAAAGACAAUGUACAAGAAUUCUUAUAUUUUAAGUGCUUUAUAUUUUAAGAUGUGUUCCACAAAAAAAUCAUGUUAUGGCAAAGAUUUGCAAAUGGGAGCUUGAGGCUGUUCUCAAAGUUUCUUCAUUUUUCCAUUGCUAGUAACCAGAUUGUGCAUGCCCCAUCUUUUAUAUAGCUUGUAAAGUUUAUUACUGGUUAAAAGUUUUGGAAGAUUAAAGUGUUAUUAGUGUAUGAGUUGAGUGACUGGAUGAAACUGUAAAUGAUUCAUGGGUAUUGAAAGAACUUGAACAGCUUCCCGGCACAUUGAAAAUAAGUACAAA